CGCAGGCGCCGAGGCGCGGAGGCGGCUACAUUCAAAGUUUCAAACUGAAGACGUUAGCAUCGAGGCUCGUUGACUUUAGCAGCUAAAGAUAAUGAUAACCGUUUUAAGUAAUGAGAAAGGGAUAAAACAACACUAUCCGUUUUAAAACAGCAGGAAUACGCUCAGAACAACUACAAGGCUGCACCUGCUUUUCAGGAGACCAGGCCUCGCAAUUAUCUUCUUUCUGCCAGUGCAUCAGCGUUGAAAAUGGAGCCUCUGGAUCCUGACAGAAAUGAGGGAGGCAGUGGAUUCUCUAAGCGCCGCAUUUCUUCGAUUUUAAAAGCACCACGAAGAUCGAUGAGACAUUCUGACCCACAGCAACAAGAAAUUGUGGUGGAGUGUCCCAAACCAGUCGAAAAGAGGGUUUCGAGAAGAGUCAGUUUUGCCCCUGCCAAUGGUGUUCUCCUGUUUUCAAGGGAUGAAAAAAAUGACUCUCCUGUUCGAAGUCCUUUACAAGAGUUAAUACCAACAUCAGCAGCAGCCACACAAAAUAGGGUCCAGUUGGCAAGCACUGAAGAUAGCAAACAACACAUUUUGGGGAUGGAAACCCUAUUGAAUGCCCCUCUGCAUGCUUUUCAACAAACGGAUGAGGUCAACUUUGAGAUGGACUUGAUGGAGAAAACGAUAUUAUUCUCGGAUAAUGCAUUCAUGGACAUGACCCGGAGUCACACUAUAAACAUCGCCUGUGAUGCAGAAUUACUCGAAAAUAUUCCCCACCAAAACUAUGAUGUUUUACCCGCUAGAGGAGAGAAAACCUUCAUGUUCGGUGCACGUGGUGCCUCUAGGGAUAUGACCCCAAGUGUUCCUGCUUUACUACCCACAAGCAUUAACUUUAAUUCAAGUGUAGAGAAGAGCAACAUAUCUUCAGCAAUGCCUUUGUUGCAUCCUGGAUAUGAAAACUUCCACGCAAACCUCUCUAAAAUAUCGGGCCCCAGCGUUAACCCUUUGACCACCAGAACCACGCCCGCUGCUGGUACAUCCUCCGAAAAAGGAAACAUCUCCAUGGCCCAGAUGAAAACAGUUUGUGUGGAGGAAGAAAAUCGGGUUCCAACUUCAGCUGUGAAAAAGAAGUCUCUAAAUACAUCCAGAAAGAUUGGUGACUUUUCUAAUGGCAGUGCAAUCUCUCCACAAGAUGAUAUAAGCAUGGAUAUGACUGAAGCUCAGACAGGCCGCAUCCUGCGAUCUACUGAUGAUGAUGAUCCCUUUCAGUGUUUUUUUCCCACGCAAGAAAUGUACUCCCAACUCGAGAACAGAGUGCCACAGACAGCAGGGAAGACCAAACAGCAGCCAAUCAGCAAAACACCGGCAUCAUUCAACCCUAAAGAUAUGAUAUCCGGGAGGAAUCGUUCUAUGCCGGCUCAGAGACACAGGGUCACCCUUGAUACUAAAGAUGAAUGCAGAGAUAAAACCAUAAUGUUCGCUGCAAGCGACGAGUUUAUGAAUAUGACUCCGAGUCACCCGGUCAACAUUGCCAGUGGUUCAUUGGCUCAUCAAAAACAAAACAUGGAGAGAUCUCCCCCUGACAGUGCUUCAUCUAUGGACGAGAGGAAACGGGAAAAUACUGGUGUGCCUGGCUCGUCUGCAAAUGCUGUGGAUCUUGGAUUUAAAAACUUCCCUUCAAGUGUCUCUAAAGUUGGCACCCCCAGUGAUAAUCCAGCAAUUGCUAGAAUGGUACUUUCCUCUGCAGCAUCCUCUAGGGAAACUGUCAAAGCAAACAGCUCCCUCUCCGAGCGUAAAAGUUAUGUUGGUAAAGAGAAUCAGUCACAAAUGACAUCUAGGAGCUUUGGAAAAUCAUUUAAUGGAGGUACAAUCUGUGCUGAAAAUGACGGAAGCAUGGAUAUGACUGAAGCUCAGACCGGCCACAUUACAGGACCCACGGGAUCAGAUGAGCCUUUCCAGUUUAUUUUUCCUAUGUACACCAACAGUGAAAGUGUGAAGAAACGAGAGAUGACUUCAGGAGCGAAGAAAAGCAAAGUGCUAGGAUCUUCUGACCGCACAGGUAUGGAAACCGAAAGAAAUCCGGUCAAAUUUGAUAACAAAGAGAAAACAGUCAGGUUCAAUGCUGACGAUGCCUGGAUGGAUUUGACAAGAAGUCACACGGCAAAAAUUGACACCAAUAUACAACUACAGUCACAACCAAAUGUGGACUUCCUUCCGGCCCGUGGAGAGAAAACUGUGAGGUUCAAUGCUGACGAUGCCUGGAUGGAUUUGACAAGAAGUCACACGGCAAAAAUUGACACCAAUAUACAACUACAGUCACAACCAAAUGUGGACUUCCUUCUGGCCUGUGGAGAGAAAACUGUGAGGUUCAAUGCUGACGAUGCCUGUAUGGAUUUGACAAGAAGUCACACGGCAAAAAUUGACACCAAUAUACAACUACAGUCACAACCAAAUGUGGAUUUUUUACCGGCCUGUGGAGAGAAAACUGUCAGGUUCAAUGCUGACGAUGCCUGUAUGGAUAUGACAAGAAGUCACACGGCAAAAAUUGACACCAAUAUACAACUACAGUCACAACCAAAUGUGGAUUUUUUACCGGCCUGUGGAGAGAAAACUGUGAGGUUCAAUGCUGACGAUGCCUGUAUGGAUAUGACAAGAAGUCACACGGCAAAAAUUGACACCAAUAUACAACUACAGUCACAACCAAAUGUGGAUUUUUUACCGGCCUGUGGAGAGAAAACUGUGAGGUUCAAUGCUGACGAUGCCUGUAUGGAUGUGACAAGAAGUCACACGGCAAACAUUGACACCAAUAUACAACUACUGUCACAACCAAAUGUGGACUUCCUUCCGGCCUGUGGAGAGAAAACUGUGAGGUUCAAUGCUGACGAUGCCUGUAUGGAGGUGACAAGAAGUCACACGGCAAAAAUUGACACCAACAUACAACUGCAGCCACAACCAAAUCUGGAUUUUUUACCGGCCUGUGGAGAGAAAUCUGUCAGGUUCAAUGCUGACGAUGCCUGUAUGGAUGUGACGCGAAGCCACAGUGUAAAUAUUGCUACAGAUUUAAAACAGCAGCCACACAACAAUGUGGACUUCUUACCAGCUUGUGUGCAGAAAACAAUGAGGUUCAGUGCAAAUGAUGCAGCUAAAGAUGUGACAAGAAGUCGCACUGUAAACAUUUCCACUGAUUUUGAACCAAAGUCUUACCAAAAUGUGGAAAGUCUACCUGCUUGUGGAGAAAAAACUGUCAAGUUCAAUGCCACUGAUGCGGCUAUGGAUGUGACCGAGUUCCUUGCUGUAAACAUUGCCAGCAAUUCAGAAUCAGAUCCACAUCUUCCACACAGAGAAUCUAACAUAUUAUCCACCAAUGAAAACAGUGAUUUCCCUUUAUCUGCAAAGAAGACGCAGCGACCGCUUAGAAACCGAUCUGCACACGUUUUGGAUAACGGAUUUAAAAACACCCUGUCCAUUAAAAGUGGUGCUAAUGCCGUGAACACCGGAGAAGUGGCUGCUGCUGCAGGCCUUCAAGAAACUGUCAACACAAAUGGCCCACUUGGAAAACAGAAGCCCAAUGUGGAUACUGAAAAUGAAGCUCCAGGGUACAUUUCAGCUUUAAUGGAGAAGCCGGUAAACAAAACCAUGACAGAAGAUCCACAGGACGAUGUAAGCAUGGAUAUGACUGAAGCUCAAACGCGUAGCAUUCUGGGACAAACAUGUACAGAUGAGCCACCUCAAUGCCCCCAGAUCAAUGAAGCACUAGGAUCAUCCAACUCUGAUGGUCUGGAAAUCAUAAACCUUCCCGAUUCUCUAGACUCAAAAGAAACGUACAACUGGAAGGAACCUGAACCAAUAAAUCAAACGUGUACUUUACCACAGAAGAUGGAGAGUAAUCCUGGUGCCGUUGUUGACGCUGCGCCUUCACGGAAGUCUAGACGAUUUAGUUUAGCCGAUAUUCAGUCAAAAGUGAGGCGUUUAAGCCACAUGAUGAACACAGCUCCUGAUACUAUCGCCUUGGACAGCUGCACAGCACCUGUGCCUGGACUGGAAAGCGAAAUGGACCAAAACUCAAUGGACAAAACAACAUCCCUACCUGUAACAGAGCCUGAACAUGAAAUGGGUUUACUAAAUACAGAAGAAAAUCCACAAGCUCAAUGUCUUACGCAAGAAGAACCCUACCCUACUACCCCUUACAACUUGAAGACUAAACAACUGAUGUCCAGACUCUCAGUAGGAGGCUUUAAGGCAAAACUCCCGCAAAGAAACAAACCCGAUCAAAAAAAGGAGUCUUCUGCGGGAGAACAUACAAGGACAGUGAAUGUUACUAAUCAACUGAGCAACUUCGACGAUGAUGUGAGCGAUAUCUUCGACGAGGAGCUUGGAAGCUUUGAAGAUGUGUCAGAAACACUGGACAUGAGUCCCCCGAAAGCCACAGAAAAAGAGAGUGCUACCCAGGACUUAUACAUGGAAGAGCUUUUACAGGACAACUUAUUUCAACAGGACUUGAGCAGCAGCGUAAAGAGCAAAAAGAGACCUUUGCCAGAGGAGGAAAAUAACACACGGGAUGAGAAGAGAUGGAUGGCAUACAAUGAGGCAGCCACUGAGGGUGAAAAGGGAUUACAGUCUGAAGUUGAGGAGUGUGACGGCAACAUUACUGCAGCUCCGAGCAUGACGGCAUACACCACAGAUUACGCCACCAGCAGUCACACAGCCAGCACGAGAUGUGAAGCUACUUUUGAAUCAAGUACCGCUUCCAAACAAAGCCUGUUUGAAUCACAGCUUGAAGACUACACCAUUGAGAGGAAAUUAGAAGAUGGCACCAUUACAGUGUCGGAGUUCUUUAAAGUCUUCUACAUAGAUUUUGUCAUUCAUUAUCAUCGAAGGAGCAGCCUCCCUGGCAGACUUCAGUUGGACACAGAUCGCACACAGAUGGAUUUAUUGAAGGACAAACACAUCAACGGUCCCAAAAUGACGGUGUAUGAAACAGACGUCCUGAACGUCACAGAGAUGGUGGAGGGGUUGAAGGAGAGGAUGCAGGACUUGGACAGACCACUAAAGAUUGUUAAUCGAGUUUUGUGGGAAGAAGUGAGAAAUGCUUCAGAGGAAGAGCUCAAAUCAUGGGAUGCAAAACUAAAAGAGAGAUAUAACCUCUUCAGGAAGACGAGCAAAGUUCAGUCGCAUGAAAUGAAGGAGGUCUUGUACACCGAGCUUGUGCUGGCUAACCUGGAGGAGCAACAGACGUUGAGAGGAACGAUUAAGGAAGCAGAUGAGAUGAUAAAGAGUUUGGAUGACUGUAUUCACGAAUUACAAACAGAACUUGCUGCAGUUGAAGAAAAAGGAUUUGAAGACAAACCAAGUCUGAAAUCCCUUCAGGAAGAUAUGCAGGAAGCCACUGAGGCUUUGGCUGACAAAGACCGACAAAUAGCCGAACUGGAGAUGCAGAAGAAGCAGAGUUCAAACAAACAGAACAAGCUGAGAACAGAGACGAGGAGACUGGAGAGUCACGUCAGCACGCUUCAUCUGUUAAAUGAAUGGAAGUUUACAGAAAGGAGCGACAACUCCACCAUCUACACUUUCCUCCACGAGACCCUUCAUCUACAGCUGCUGUUUGAGAAACCCAAUGGAAAUGAUGCUGAUAAGUCUGAGAGGAAGAUAUCACACAUCACAUUUAAUCUUCAACUCGAUGAUGAGAAGUCGCAGGACCACGCCCGCCUCGUUCACAAACUGCUCUCUCAGUACGUAGAGGGAAACGCUGACUGUGUGGAGAAGUAUCCAACAAGCAGACAUGUUCCAACGCUGCUGCACGAUGUUAGCCUGGUGGUGAGUCGCUGUCGGCUGCUGGGGGAGGAGCUGCGUCUGCUGAACAUGUGGGGGAGUAUGAGGCUCGAUAUUCUCAGCAUCAGCUGUGUGGACACUCAAGUGCACAUUGUCUUCAGCCGUCUCAAGACAUUUUCCAAGUUUGAGGUGAUCUUCUCGGUCAGUUUGAUCGACUGCCACUGUGUCCUUAAAGUGCAGAGCUUCAAGAACAUGAUCGGAAACACAACGAUCGAACCGAUCGAGGAGAUUGUGGCGUCUUUCAGUCCGGCCAAGAACGUCCUGACAAAGAUUGUCAAAAAGAUUCAUGAAACUCUGCUCUGUUGAGACCAGGACGUUCAUUCAUUCAUUCAUUAAACUCCUUUGUAUAGUAUAGAUGUCGACAAACUAUAAGAAAAAAUGUAAAUAGUGUACAGUAAUUUUUUUCUAUUCUCAAGUAUUUUUCACUGUAUUUCAUGUCCCAAUUAAGUACUUGUUGACAUACAUGUCAUGGUGUGCCAACGUACACGUUCAAAUUGUUAGAAUACAUUGUUUUGGUUUCUUUAAAACACUUUGUCACAGCUGCCUUGCUAAAUGUAGGUUACUCAAGUCAUGCUCAAAGGCCGUUUAUCUAAAUAUGUUUGACUUAAUUCCUAUUUGCUUAGUGAUGUGAGCAAUUUAAAAGAAACAAAUGCACUUCACUGGUCUGAAAUAACUUCAGUGCAGUUUCCGGAGUUGCCUCCUACUUUGUUUACUUGUGUACAGCACGUUUCAUUUUAUCGUAGUUUAGUACUGAACGUACGUUUUGUUCAUAAUGCUAUUACCACAGUUCCUCCAAUCUUUUGACAAAAAAAAUGAAAUGUUUUGUACUUUUUAAAAUCUCAAAUAAAGGCUUGACAAUUAAA